ACUACUACUACUUCUUCUACUACUACUACUACUACUACUACUACUACUACUACUACUACUACUACUACUUCUUCUACUACUACUACUACUACUUCUACUACUACUACUACUUCUUCUACUACUACUACUACUACUACUACUACUACUACUACUACUACUACUACUUCUACUACUACUACUACUACUACUACUACUACUACUACUACUACUACUACUACUACUACUUCUUCUUCUUCUACUACUACUACUACUACUACUACUACUUCUUCUACUACUACUACUACUACUACUACUUCUUCUACUACUACUACUACUACUACUACUACUACUACUACUACUACUACUACUACUUCUUCUACUACUACUACUACUACUACUACUACUACUACUACUACUACUACUUCUUCUACUACUACUACUACUACUACUACUACUACUACUACUUCUUCUACUACUACUACUACUACUUCUACUACUACUACUACUACUUCUACUACUACUACUACUACUACUACUACUACUACUACUACUACUACUACUACUACUACUACUACUACUACUACUACUACUACUACUACUACUACUACUACUACUACUACUACUACUACUACUACUACUACUACUACUUCUUCUACUACUACUACUACUACUACUACUACUACUACUACUACUUCUUCUACUACUACUACUACUACUACUACUACUUCUUCUUCUUCUACUACUACUACUACUACUACUACUACUACUACUACUACUACUACUACUACUACUACUACUACUACUACUACUACUACUACUACUACUACUACUUCUUCUACUACUACUACUACUACUACUACUACUACUACUACUACUACUUCUUCUACUACUACUACUACUACUACUACUACUUCUUCUACUACUACUACUACUACUACUACUACUACUACUACUACUACUACUACUACUACUUCUUCUACUACUACUACUACUACUACUACUACUACUACUUCUUCUUCCACUACUACUACUACUACUACUACUACUACUUCUUCUACUACUACUACUACUACUACUACUUCUUCUUCUUCU